UAGAAUUCUAAAGUGACGAAAAUUGCAUUUACUUUUUUCCAGAUGGUGAUGCGAAUCUUCGUAAAAACUCUUACAGGCAAGACCAUAACUCUUCAUGUCCGAAGCUCAGAAACCAUUGCCAACGUCAAGGCAAGGAUACAAUACAAGGAAAGAAUCCCUAGGGACAAGCAGCUGCUUAUCUUUAUCGGAAUUCCUAUGGAGGAUCGCCGUACCUUGGCUGAUUACAAUAUCGAAAAAGAUUCAACUGUACACUUGGUUCUUAGGAUGGAAGGUAUGCGAAUCUUGGUAAAGGCUCUUACAGGCAUGACCAUGACUCUUAAUUGUGUCCGAAGCUCAGACACCAUUGGCGACGUCAAGGAAACGAUACAAUUAAAGGAAGGAAUCCCUAGCGAUAAGCAGAGACUUAUCUUUGGCGGUAAGCAGAUGGAGGAUCACCGUACCGUGGCUGAUUACAAUAUCCAAAAAGAUUCAAUUCUUUACAUGGUUUUAGGAGGAUUUAUGCAAAUCUUUGUUAAGUUCCUUUCAGGCAAGACCAUAGCCCUUUUGGUCCAAAGCUCAGACACCAUUGGCAACGUCAAGGCAAGGAUACAACAUAAGGAAAGAUUUCCUACCGACCAGCAGAGGCUUCUCUUUGCCGGAAUUCAGAUGGAGGAUCACCGUACCUUGGCUCAUUACAAUAUCCAAAAAGACUCAACUUUCCACUGUGUUCUCAGGAUGAGUGAAAGUAUGCGUAUCUUCAUAGAGACUCUUGAGGGCAAGACUAUAGCCCUUGAUGAGGUCAAAAGCUCAGACACCAUUGGAAACGUCAAGGCCAGGAUCCAAGAUCAAGAGGGAAUCCCUACGCACAAGCAGAUGUUGGUCUUUGCCUCUCAGCAGCUCGAGGAUGGCCGCAUGUUGUCGGAUUACAAGAUCUGGAAGGAGUCAGUCCUUCACGUCCAUUUUUUACGGUGUCGAAUGCAAAUAUUUGUGAUAACACUCUCUGGUCAAACCAUUACCUUAGAAGUUGACAGCUCAGACAUUGUUGAGGAUGUAAAGACAAAGAUUGAGAACGAGGUAGAGCUCCCACCAGACUUACAGAGAAUCACGUUUGCUGGUAAACCACUCGAGGAUGGUCGCAUGCUUGCAUAUUAUAACAUCCAAAAGGAGUCAACACUUCACCUUUUUUUAAAUCUCACAUAAGAUAGAUUUUACUAUUCGUUUUUCUUUUUGUUUUUUCUUUUCUUGUUUUUGGGUUUUAUAUUAAACUUUU